AGCAGCGCCCCCUUCGUUCGGUCCUUUCAGAUUUGAACCUAGCAUGGUGGUAGUCUGCUCUAUUACAGUGUCUUAAAUAGUGGUCAAUUUCCUUGGAAUUGUCGAUUUUUCUCUCUGAAAGUGGCUAAAUACCCUCCACCAUUCCGCAAUUAAUUAAAAGCCAGCCGAAAGGGUGGCUUUCGUCCAGUAAGGGUUCGGGUCGGCUGGUGCGCAGCCCUCUAAACUUUGUCGACUGGCGUGAGGCGCUCAACGGCGACCCCCCGUGGCAGUGCUGACAACCGCAAAUUAAUUAUUAGACUUUAGUUUAAACACAACUCUGUCCAAGACUGGACAAGAGCUGCCUCUUUGCUUGUUCGGAUUUGUGACACGUCUUCUGCUGUCUCGCCAUGAGGAAUGUAUCUGUGACGGACAUGAUCCACGUCCUGGACACCGACACUGCGCCGAUGGACGUGCUGCGCGCCAUCGCGCAGUCCGGGGUCCAGGAGAAUGCUUUUUAUGUCCUCGACAUUGGGGAUAUUGUCCACAAACACUCAGAAUGGAAGAUGAAGAUGCCCAGAGUUGAACCUUUUUACGCGGUGAAGUGCAAUGACAGUCAGCUCGUCCUGGCUACCCUCGCGGCUCUAGGAACCGGGUUCGACUGUGCAUCCAAGACAGAAAUCGCCAAGGUGAUGGACCUAGGAGUUGAUGGCAGCCGUAUCAUUUUUGCCAAUCCUGCCAAAAUGGCGUCUCACAUCCGCUACGCAGCCUCACAAGACGUCAACACUAUGACCUUCGAUAACGAGUGUGAACUGUACAAGGUCAAGCAAAUGCACCCUAACGCCAGGAUGGUGUUGCGUAUUCGGUGUGACGCUACAGUAGCCCAAUGUCAGCUGGGGAUGAAGUUCGGCUGUGAUCCGCUGGUCGAGGCUCCUCGUCUGCUCAAGCUGGCCGCUGCGCUGGGAGUUACGGUGGUGGGGGUGAGUUUCCACGUCGGCUCCGGCUGUCAAGAUCCUCCCGUGUUCCGUCGAGCCAUCUCUGCUGCCCGUGACCUGUUUGACCUCGGCGGCCAGCUGGGCUUCAGCAUGAGCUUGUUGGACAUCGGUGGUGGUUACCCCGGCAACCGAGGCAGCAGCAUUGAUCAGAUCUCCGAGGUGGUGAAUGCAGCUUUGGACGACUACUUCCCCAUCUCACUUGGCGUGCAGAUCAUCGCAGAGCCCGGCAGGUUCUACGUCGCCUCCGCCUACACUCUGGCCACACUCAUACACUCAAAGCGGGACACCAUGUACUACAUCAAUGACGGUGUCUACGGCUCCUUCAACUGCAUCUUGUACGAUCACGCUGUCGUUAAGGCGAUCCCACUCGAGAACAAGGGAGGCAAGCCGCUGCUGUCGUCUGUGUGGGGCCCGACCUGCGACGGACUAGACCAGGUGUUGGACAGUGUGUUGCUGCCGCCCCUGGACAUAGGGGACUGGCUUGUGUUUGAGGACAUGGGCGCCUACACUCUACCUGUUGCCUCAACCUUCAACGGCUUCCCCGUACCCAAGGUGCAUGCUGUCAUCGAUGAAUCCGUCUGGCGUUUCUUGAAAGGCUGUCUUCCCCUGACAGAGGACCACUUCAUUGCACAGAACAACAACUGGACGUCAGUCUGGGACAUUCCCUCUCCUGAGCAGUCUACCCCCUCCUCCCCCUCUCCUUCUCCCUACAUAUAUGAACUCAUGGCUUGAUGGAUACUCGGCUCUGCUCGGCGACCCUGGUUGUCAUGGCAACAUCACAAUCUGCUAUCAACUUUCCACCUCGUACACAAAUCCUCAUCGAUUGUCAGCUUUAUUUUGAUUUAAAAUUGUUUAAAUUUUACAAGUAACUGUUAAGUUAUAAUUUAACAUCAUUAAAAUGUUUUGUUGUAAAUUGUUUCCAAGUGCAGUUUAAUUUUUUGUGUGAUGAGGAUGACUGUGUAGCUGUGCUUUGACAACCAAACCGGCUUCUGAUUUUCGGUUGACGGAUGAUUGUUUUACUCAGGUCUAUUUUAGUAUAGUCUGGUUUUUAUAGUCACCUUCGCACAAUUUAAUGUUGAUAGUAAUCAUUAUCAUUCUCCUUUUGAAUUGAUUUUAAAAGCUACAUUUUACAUGUUUACAUUUCAAGGUGACUAUAAUAUUAUAACAUUCUUUAUUGUUAUCUGAAUAUAUUAAAUACUAGUCAUCAUUGACAUUGAUAGCUUAUUUUUAAUAUGCCUAUAGAUUUUGUAACAAUUUCACUACAAAAAUCAAGUGUAUUGAUUAAUUGGUCUUUUAAUACAGCACAACAGUAAUUUUUAUUUAGUAAUAAUAUUUUCAAUCAAUGAUGACUUGAUUGUAACCUUUAGUCCGAUUAGGGAAAGAACCAUUCCAACAAAUCAGUAAACAGUCUUAUUCUUUUUAUGUUUAUACAAUUUCUAUUUGGGUUUUUUGGGUAAGGUCAUGGUGGGAGAGUAGAAGACGUGGACAGCCCUGGUGGCGCGGGGCUUGUUGUUCGAAUUUGCGAAGAGGCAGCUUUGGUGGUGCAUCAAAGUAAAUAAUAUUUUUGUUUUAUUAAAAUAAAUUGUGUGUUGUAACUGUAAAACUGUGUAGAUGUAGCAAUAAAAUUACCAAUGAAAA